AUGGUUUACGAUAACAAGCGUCCUUAUGACAAUGAUGCUGUCGAAGGUCUGGCCGAUGAAAUGCAGAGGCGGCUACAAACAUCAUGCGUCGGCCUUCUAACUGCCGAGACGGGGAUUUCCACCAACUCCAACACUGUAGAAACGGGAAAGCGAGUCGUCUUUUCUGAUCAGACAGCUAAGGAAUGGGUACGGCGCAAGGACAUAUGGCAGAAACUCCCUGGUGUCAAACCUGUCAAUGAUAUAGAGCUGGACUUCUCACUACUUAGCGGAUUUGCAAGGCACAUCAAGGUUUUCGGAGUUACGCGAUCUCCGGUAUUGGCAUGGCCAAGCUGGCGAGUCCGACCUGAUGCGUGGCUAUUGGUUUCGAACGUGAUGCGGUAUGCUGAGAGGAUUGACAAUAAGAUUGAUGAUUUACAGAAAUAUUGCGAGCUGCUGGACGAGGUAGAUAGUACAUGCCAACGGGUCUGGGUCGCAUCUCUGCAGAGUCACAAACCUCUCCACGAGGAUCCCGAUUGGUACGAGAGUCGGCUUCCAAGUCUUCUCAAGAAACACUGGUCCAGUUACGAACCAAUGGAUAUUGGCAAGCCUCCUAAACGGAAAGACUUCCUGACUCUCGCCGUUCAGGCUAGCCUAGUCCGAUACGUCGAUACAAAACUAAAUAAAUUAAGUGGUGAAGCAAAAAGGAAGAAGGCCCAGGAGCUUCUGCCUUUUGUCGUCAGCCCCAAGGCUGAUGGUAUCAGCGCUUGUGCUGCUCUUAGUGGAGAUUACUCGGAGUUCCACCACGACAUGCCCGACUCCCGCUUACUAGAUAUUCUAUUCGACGCAGGAGCAUCCGCCCGCGAUGACGAGAGGCUGUGGACGAAGGCAUUGAAAGCAGGACGGAAUUACUUCUCAAGGGGUAGCGUUACGAUGACGCACUUGCUAGAGACGUCAUCGAGCGCGAGGCUUAUGGAGAAUCGUGAGAGGUGGGUUGCCGCCAUCAAGGCGUUACUACAGCACGGCGCGGAUCCCAAUACCGAUAUCCAAGUCACAACCGGAGAAGGGGAAAAUCAAUCCACGACAACAGUAGCAGCUGUGGACCUAAUACGAGAUACACUAGAGGGAGAGCCCGAGUAUGCCGUCGAACUCGUCGAGAUGGAAGUACUAAUGGGUAGGAGAGGAAGUGUUGGCCUUGCGAGAUGA